GGGAAGCAAAGGGUUAAGAAUCCCCAGCAGGCAAACGCUGGAAAAUAAAUCAUAACCAUUUGAGUAAAUGAAUGACAUCUUUGUUUUCUAAAGUCCGUCACAGCUUUGGGGCGACGCUACACUGGGCAGAAUUGAAACAGAACCGAUUUCCACGGGAUAAAUUGGUACAGAUCUUCAUUGUUAUCUCGAGAUUGCUGUGCCGAGGAUUAGACAGGAAAUUAUCGAGGCUAUGAAUUCCCUAAUAAUUGUGUUUGUCGUCGUCGUUUUCUGUGGCAUAGGCCUGAGUCAGGUUAUAACAUCAUGUCCAAAGCAGUGCUUCUGCGAGGAACAAUUUUUUCCCGAAACGCAAGGCUAUGGAGUGAAAGUGAACUGCUCAGGGAGAAGACUGAAGAAGUUUCCUCGGCCCCUUCCACAUGUCACUACGACAUUGCUACUACAGAACAACAGAAUAUCCAAGCUGGAAGGAUGGCACUUCUCCGGAAUGAUCUAUCUAAGGAUCUUGCAUCUCGAAGGGAAUCGAAUAAAAAAGAUUGCAACAACUUCCUUGGGAUAUCUUCCUUCUCUUCAAACUUUGUAUUUGCAGAACAAUCGUAUCGAAGAACUGGCCUUCGGAGCAUUCAGAAAUUGUUCAAGACUUCAAACUUUGAAUCUUGCUAAGAACAAGCUUACUACCCUUCAGUAUGCUGCGUUUGAUGGACUGAAUCAACUGGAUGCAUUGGAUCUGAGUGCAAAUUUGAUCGGUUCUAUAGAAGAUGGGGCAUUUCUUGGUCUACAUCGUCUUAGAUCAUUGUCCCUAAGCCAAAACCAGAUUACAAAGAUUGGAGCGUACCUCUUUGCUGAUGUCUACUCUCUUACUUCACUAUACCUUUUUAGAAAUCAGAUUUCAGUCAUUGAAAAUGGUGCCUUUUCACGACUGCUGUAUCUCAAAAUUCUGUCACUUUUUGACAACAAGAUUUCCGCAAUUCUUCAGCAAACUAUUGUUGGACUUGAGAACCUCGAGGAACUCUAUCUACAACGAAACCGAAUCUCUAAAAUUGAGCCAUGGUCUUUCUCAGCCACCAAGAAAUUACGAUUAUUGUAUCUGUACUCUAAUCUCCUCUCCGUUAUUCCUGACAACAUGUUUGAGGAUCUGAGACAUCUGAGUGUCCUCCAUCUUGGUAUCAACACCAUCUCCUACGUCGCAGACGAAGCAUUCCGCCAUCUUGGACGUCUGAACGUGUUAAAUCUCGAUGCAAAUCGUCUCACUCUUCUUAAUCACAAGACAUUUUAUGGCCUUUCAAAUCUCAAAGAUAUACAUCUUUACUUCAACAACAUUUCGUAUGUCGGAAAAGGAACAUUCGAUCAUUUCAAGGGAAUAACAAGACUGUUGUGGGAUGUCCCAGAGGCUUACCGCGUGUCUCUGAAACCCAGUGCGGCUAAGACGAGAGGGAGUGGUCUCCACUGUGAUUGCAACGCACGUUGGUUGAAGGCCUGGUUACUUGAAAGAAAAUUAGAUGACAUUACAUGUGCCACUCCUGCCCACUUGACGGGGGCCACGGUGACAAAACUGAGGGAUAGCGACUUCGUAUGCGGUACUUUCAAAGUUGCAGUGUACCCGAAGCAAAUCCUCGCCAUUCUCGGACAAAAUGUUGAAAUUCAUUGCCAUGCAAAUAUGGGCGCCACAUAUCACUGGAUGUUGAGGGGUGUUAAACUGGAAGCUGAUCAGUAUCGUGUCCCUAACCCCCUCGGUCUACUGACGGUCUACGGCUUGGCUGAGGAGGACUUGGGGGAGUACGUCUGCGUUGCUCAGAACGAGGCUGGAUUAGGAGCCAGUUACGCUACGGUUACCAAUGGAGUUCGUCCCCAGUUUAGCGUGUAUCCGUCAGCAGUUGACGCCACGGAGCCGCUAAAACCAGUGGUGCUAAAAUGCCGAGCGAAGGGAACACCAACACCUAAAAUCAAUUGGUACAAAGAUGGUUUGUUGAUUAAGGGUAGCCCUGAGGAGUCAGGCUUCCAAGUUACCUUGGAAGGCUCCCUGGUGCUCGUGGGAAAGAGGUUCCACAUCACGAGGGAGGGGUCUCUUAUAAUAUUUGAUCCUCGCAUGGAGGACGAGGGGAAAUACACAUGUGCCGCUGAGAACAAGUUGGGGAAAAUAUCGUAUGAUGUCAGCCUUUACGUUGAAACAAAUAGUAAGUGCGCUCGUGGUUGUAGGGGUGGAGGAGUUUGUACCGCAGUGAAGUAUGACUGUAUAUGUACUCAAGGAUCUCACAAAGAAGGAGACAAAUGUGUUCAAGAUAAAAAGGUCAAGAAUGAGAAAACAAUCGAAGCAGGUUCCGGUUCGGGAUCAGGACCUGACGGAGAAUCUGGCUCGGGGGAGGCGGAAUCAGAAGUUGGAUCUGGAUCGGGCGAUGUGUCACCUACCAAGCCAACUUCUCACAAAACAGACGGGCCGGGAAUUGAUCAGGAGACUGGAAGCGGAAGUGGGGAGGGUGAAAGGUCAUCUUCAGCCUCCAGGGGAGCUGGGGUAGAUCAAGAGGAGUCUGGUGACCUUACAUCGUCGACUCCCUCAACUGAGGCUGGUAGCGGAAGUGGCGAUGGAAAUGCUGGAGGAGAAAGUGAAGAUGGAAGUUUGGAGACCUGGAUCCCAGUGGAAGAGAGAUCCCGUUCAUCCGAGGCGAAGCCAAUGAAUCCUUUAAAAGCUCCACCAUUGUGAGAACAUUCCAAAUGUCUCCUUUUUUCAGCGGCGGUUAUGUUAGAGACUAACAAAAUAAGCCAGUUAUGGUAUUGAGUUAAGCCAGACAGCCUAAAAAUCAUCUUGUAAACCUAAUGCCAGCUUUAUCAACUGAGUAGUUGUAACUUCACAAUUGUCACUGACUCGUCUAAAAUGGGUGUGUUAUGCUAAUAUCAAUCAAAACACUCUUAUUAAAAUAAAUACAGUGAUACUCAUGAAGGUAUGAAUGGGAUUUUUCAUUUUCAGAGGGGAUGGGAUUGGAGGUUCUACACUAACACCUUACACGAACCAGUAGCAUGCCAUGUGUUAAUCUUCUGAAAUGGUCUCUUUUUUUAUUAGAAAAAGGGUAUAGGGAGUCAUAUGCUCCCUACUACCCUCCUUAGAUACACCUUUGCACACUUGAAUACGUAACGUUAGAUGAGUGGUAAAUAUCCUCAAUUUACACACCUUAGUAUAUUUCUCUCCCUCUUCAUAUAUUCAUGUACUCACAUGAAUUUGAAACUGAAUGCGAAGGCACUCAAUGGUACGACAGAAUGAGCAAUCAUUCUGAUCAUUUGCCAUUACAAACAAGGAAACUACAAAGAAUGAAAUUGUUGAACAUUCAUGUUCUUUUCUCCUCUACUGCUGCAUUAUUUUAAGUUUCUGUAAUGGGGCUCCACAAUAUCACCUUGUUUUGGAAGAAUGAUUUUACCAUUUCACUCCCAUGAUCUCAUUAGUAAUUCUCCUUUUUGUCUACCAUACAAUUCUUAUGAAAUAAGUUCAGAGAAUUUGUAAUCAGAUCAACAAAUAUUCCCUUAAUUGACAUUUUUCUCAAUUCUCAUCACUUUUGUCUCUUUGUUGUAUUGAUAUUGCAAGGAAAAAUUCUGUCUUGAUAACUCAUGGGAGUUAAUGGUUAAGAAGAAAUGGUGUAAUUGUACCAAGGUUUGGGAAAAAACCUGUUGUUUUUGCCUGUCCCCGUGUUAAUGGGAAUUUCACAAACUCAAGAAGCC